UGUGUUCCAAACAUUUAAAAUGUUUUAACCUUAUCAUUUACUUACCUUUCUACUCCUUUUGGAGUUUUAUAUAUUUUUAUACAACAAGUUCUAAGUUUUAAACAACAUCAUCCUUGAACUUCAUUGAGUUUAUUAUUUAAUUCAUGUGUUUUUACAAUUUUCACUCAUUUCACACUAUUUUAUGAUUUUAAAAUUAUUUUGUAACAUAUUAUCAUAAUUUUAUUCAAUUUUUGUAAAAAUUUUGUAAAAUAUGGAGAAGGAGAAGGAGAAAAAUGUAGAGAAGGUGGACGCCUUGGGUAGGAAGGUUUGGGACCGAAACUUCUACACUGAGAAAGCCAUAGGUAAAUCGGGCGGUGGCGACGUCGUUGAGGAGACUAUUUCUACGCUAUACCAGGGGACUUUUAAGAAGCCCGUGAUCACGGUACCUGAGGUUCGUGAGGAUUUAAAGCCUAGGAAGGAGACUAUUGACUUUUCAAAGUAUGUUGGAAGAUCAGAACUGGUUGACGUCGACGGUCCCAAAUCUAAGCAGGGCGGCUUUUUUUGUAAGACGUGCAACUGUCUUCUAAAGGAUUCUAAAUCCUACUUAGACCACUUGAAUGGUAAGAAACACAAUCGUCUUCUCGGCAUGACAAUGAGAGUCGAGAAGGUAAGUGCCAAAGCCGUCGCUGAUAAGCUAAGAAGACUCUCCGAGAGAGACAGCACCUCUGUUAAGACCAAGGACGAACUUGAAAAUGACGCUAGGGAGCGGAUAAAGGAGCUUGAGAUGUACGAAAAGGAGAUGAAGGAACGAAGAAAGCUCAUGAAAUUAGAAAAGAAAAAGAGAAAACUCAACAACUCAAACCCAGAUGUUAAUAGUGGUCAUAAAGUAAAAUCUGAGCAUACUAAUGUUAAAUCCGAGUAUAAUGACUUUAAAUCAGAUUAUGACGAUGCUAAAAGCGAAUAUAAGGUUAAAUCAGAGUACGAGGAUGAGGAAGAAUCCAGUGAACUGGAAGCCAUGAGGAAAGCUGGUCUUCCAGUAUCUUUUUGUUAAUAUUAUACAGAAUUUACCA